CCCGCGGCCGCGCCGGGCCGGCGGGAGAAGCUGCUCCCUCUCCCCAGGGCACCGGCCGGUUGCGCCCUGUCAGUUGUUUCCUGUGUGGAGGAGAAUAGGCAUUUCCUGUGCUCCCUACAAGUGAAUCUUUGCAAGAACUUCUUUUUCUUGGAAAAUGGGAGCCUGGCUUGGAGGAGAUGCAGUACAGAGGCCCUAGCAGAAGCUCAAAAUGGAUGACUUCUACUGAUGCUUCUUGACAAUUUCAUCUCCUCUUUUCCUGUUUGAGAUGGCUGAUACGAUCAUCAGGAAAAAUUUCUAAACUAAGCCUGAGUGACGACGUCUCUUUCCCCUAACUCCUCUUUUCACAAAUCUGCAAACCAUCAGACAAAAUGAGCAGUCCACUACAAGAGGAGUCUGCAGAGCCCCAGAGCUCAGAUGAGCUUGAGUGCAAGAUCUGCUACAAUCGCUACAACCUGCGACAGAGAAAACCAAAAGUGCUGGAGUGUUGUCACCGAGUAUGUGCCAAAUGCCUCUGCAAGAUCAUAGACUUUGGCGAUUCUCCUCAAGGAGUCAUAGUUUGCCCAUUUUGCAGGUUUGAAACAUGCCUGCCAGACGAUGAGGUUAGUAGUCUUCCCGAUGACAAUAACAUCCUUCUGAAUUUAGCUUGUGGGGGAAAGGGAAAGAAGUGCCUACCAGACAACCCAACGGAACUGCUGCUGACUCCCAAAAGGUUGGCGUCUCUGGUUAGCCCUUCUCACACCUCUUCGAAUUGCCUGGUUAUAACAAUCAUGGAAGUACAAAGAGAGAGUCCCCAGACUCUGAACUCGACACCCGUGGUGGAAUUUUACAGGCCUACGAGUUUUGACUCUGUUGCAACUGUGUCCCACAACUGGACAGUGUGGAACUGCACAUCCUUGCUCUUCCAGACCUCAAUUCGGGUGCUAGUUUGGUUGCUGGGGUUGCUGUACUUCAGUUCUUUGCCUUUAGGGAUUUACUUACUGGUAUCUAAGAAAGUCACCCUUGGGGUUGUCUUCGUAAGCCUUGUUCCCUCGAGCCUUGUUAUUCUCAUGGUUUAUGGCUUUUGCCAGUGUGUUUGCCAUGAAUUUCUAGACUGCGUGUCUUCUUGACAACAAAUGCAGUGAAAUAAGGUACACUGCCACAUGUGUAGCAUAGUUGAUUUAGCCUGUCUUUAUCUUCUUAUUUAUUUUUAUCAUUGACCAUCCCACUGAGUGAAAGCAGUGACCCAUGUUAUGCGGUUCUUUUUACAAUUUGAUUAUUUAUUGUUUUCUCUUUAUUUUCCUUUUAGCUAAGUAAUGACAUAAAAUUUCCAUGUUUUAAAGGGCUGGGUUGUAGAAAGGGGUAAUGGAAAAUUGCCAAACUUGGUGUCUGCUGCUGCUGUUCAAAUAAGUAGCCCCUUGCUUUUUGUUGGCUAGAUCGUGCAAUAUGAGGGUGCAGGAUCUGCCUUAGGAGAAGUUAGUAUAACAGGCACCUUCCAGUUCAAUGUGUAGCAUCUCUUAAUGCAGAGAAUCUCGUGCUCUGGGAUAUCUGUUAUUUCUGGUAGCAAAUGAAAUGAUUUAGUUAAUAAGAAUAAGACAAGUUAACGUUUGCUCUUUCCAGUUCUUGUUACAGCAAAAAUAUUUGUGGGGUGCCCAGUGGUCACAGAUUUUUGGUGUUCUACAGCAUGAGGAACCUUUUCCUCAUGCUAACAACACAUCUCCAAAACACUUUCCCCAUGCACUUUGCUUGUCCAAUAGUUGCAGCUUCAUCUCCUGCAAUGGAUUACUUCCAUUAGCCACGUUUGUUCUCAUCUAGGUGCACUAAAUAAGUAUGUGUAACUCUUAGCUUCCUUUGAGAGUUCAGAGAUCUGCAAACUACUCUGGUUGUGUCCCAUAAUGUUUACCUUCACUCCAAGCAUUUCCACCACCACACCGCAUUUCCAACCUUUUAGUUCCUGCAACAAAAGCACGCCUACAUUUAGGCAGCUACACUGGAAAAUCUUGCCUAUGUGACUUUAGCUGUAAUCAUAGAUCUUUUUGCCUGAUUGUGAGGAUGUGGACUUUCACUGCCUAACACACGUUUCAGAAAAAUUCUGAAAUGAUUAAUAUGUGAGGGGGGGGUUCUGCUUUUUAGGGUGCUUUUUUGUGUUUUUGUUUGUUUGUUUGUUUUCCAAUUCCACAGGAUAAGCACUGUGAUAAGUUACUAUUGCUCUGGGAAGGAUUCUGUUUUAUGCGUAGUCCUUCAAAAUAUUUAACACUCUGAACUCCCUCUGUCACCAUUGUGAGUUGAUGGCACCCCAGCUGUGGCAAUUAGUGCAACUUGACUCUGUUGAAUUCAGAGGAAUUAGUGGCGAUUUACUAUUCCAUAAAUACAAUCAGGCCCUACGAGGUUUGCUUCUACGCUGUGUGGUUGAGGCUAAAUUUUCAACUACUGGAAGAGCACAAAAAUAAGAAAUGUUUAAUAUUUGUGUUUAUGACUAAGUCUGGUCCACGCCGCAGCUGCAGCCUGGUUUUCCUGUGCACAGCAGAGUGAAAAAUGAGAAGCAGCAGAUGAUCAGUGGAAGCACAGCUUUCGGAUCAGGCACGAACUGGAGCGACCUCAAGGCGCAGUAAGGGGAAGAUGGGUUGGUUGCAGGAAGGCUGACUGGAUGGCCUAACAAUGUGUUCUUAACAAAAUGACUUCGGUAAGAGUAGAAGAUGUUGAGGGGGAAAAGGAGAGCUUAAGUGGUGGCUGUGUCUAUCAAGAGGGUCUGAAGUCAAAUCAGUCCAAUUUUUGUAGCUGGCACAGAUAACACCUAUGGUUUCAUUGCUAUUUGAAAUCGUAGGAGAAAUGUGAAAUGUGAAGGUCCCGCUUUUCUUGACACUCAAGUUUAUAAUAGUGCAUAUAUGUGUGUGUAUGUAUAUAUGGACACAUAUGUAAGAAGAAAACCUAUAGCAAAAUUAUAGUUUUCAAGUGUGUGGAGUUGCAGAGCUUUGUAUUGAAUGAUUAAAGGAAAUGUUUCCAACUUCUCUGUCAUCACUGGAUAACGAUUAGAACUAAAACAUUUUCAGAAUUCCUAGAAAUGACUAUUCCUAAGUAAUUGUUUUGAUGUUUGUGGUAAAGCAUAUAGAGUUAGAAGAGCUGUGUUCCCCAAUCCCCGUAUACUGCAAGGUUUGACUCAUCUAUGAAUUCAUAAAUUUCCAAUCUCCAACAAUAAUCAUGUCAAAAAAGCAAGAAAGAUAGAAAUCUAUGUGGUUUAAUGGUACUUCAUAACUUUGGGAGAAGAUGUAUUUGUGUGUUAGGGAUUUAUGUGAUUUAGGGUAUGUUCAAUUUGUCUGAAUAUGAUAUCUUUAAUAAAGGGCUGGCUAA